AUGUUACACCAGAUCCUCGGUCAGACCAAGAAGCAUCAGAGCUUGAUCCCCCUCUUUGUAAUAAUAAUUACGACAGCCGUUGCUCUACUGGGUAUUUACUGGGCAGGAGUUACUGGAGCACCACUGUAUGUCUUGUGCCUGGCAUUGUUCAAUCCAGAUGUCAGUUGGUAUAGGAAGAAUAACCCAGAACCCUGGAACAAACUGGGUCCCAAUGAUCAAUACAAGUUCUACUCAGUGAAUGUAGAUUACAGCAAAGUGAAGAAAGAAGGUCCAGACUUCUAAAUGAAAUGUUUCACUAUAAAGCUGCUUGGAAUGAAGGUUUUCCAGAAGACAUCCACACAAUUUUCCACUUAUCCAGGAAAUAUUUCCCCUCUAAAUGUACGAAAUCAUGUUGGUGUAUUGUGUUGGG